AUGACAGAGGAAAUACCAAGCAGCAACACUCCCGCGGCAGGACAGGCUGGAGGUGCUCCGGCGGCCUCUGCAGGCAAUAAGAAGGCAGACGCCAAUGCGGCAGCAAAUCAGCAGCCAAAGAAGAAGAGAUCGCCUAACCGCCUUGUGGUGGAGGAGGCGAUCAACGACGACAAUUCUGUCGUCGCACUGAAUCCUUCCCGCAUGGAAACCUUGCAGAUCUUCCGGGGUGACACUGUGCUGCUGCGUGGGAAGAUGCGCCAUGACACCGUCUGCGUCGUUCUUGCAGAUCAGGAUCUUGAUGAGGGCAAGAUCAGGCUUAACAAAGUUGUCAGGAAGAACCUCCGCGUCCGACUCGGUGACAUAGUCCACGUUAGCGCUUGCGCGGACUGCCCAUAUGGCAAAAGGAUUCAUGUCCUUCCCCUUGAUGACACAAUCGAGGGUAUAACGGGCAACCUCUUUGAGAUUUACCUGAAGCCCUAUUUCAUGGAAGCUUACAGGCCAGUGCGAAAAAAUGACCUGUUCCUUGUUCGUGGUGGCUUCAGACCCGUUGAGUUCAAGGUAGUAGGAGUUGAUCCUGGCGAGUUUUGUAUCGUGGCACCCGACACUGUUAUUCACUGUGAAGGAGAGCCGGUCAAGCGCGAGGAGGAGGAGAGACUCGAUGAAAUUGGAUAUGAGGAUAUUGGGGGCUGCCGCAAGCAAAUGGCGCAGAUUCGUGAAAUGAUCGAGCUGCCCUUGCGACACCCGACGCUGUUCAAGACACUAGGAGUGAAACCCCCACGGGGCGUCUUACUUUACGGCCCUCCAGGUAGCGGGAAGACACUUAUUGCGAAAGCUGUGGCAAACGAGACGGGAGCGUUUUUCUUUCUCAUUAAUGGUCCUGAAGUGAUGAGCAAGAUGGCAGGAGAGGCGGAAGCGAACCUACGUCGAGCAUUUGAAGAGGCGGAGAAGAAUGCACCUGCAAUCAUCUUUAUCGACGAGAUUGACUCGAUUGCGCCAAAGCGAGAGAAGACAAAUGGAGAGGUCGAGCGCCGUGUCGUCUCCCAACUCCUGACGCUGAUGGAUGGCCUGAAGGGGAGAGGUCAAGUGGUUGUGAUCGGGGCCACCAAUCGUCAGAACUCCAUAGACCCUGCUCUGCGUCGUUUUGGUCGUUUUGACCGCGAGAUUGAUAUUGGCGUGCCAGAUGACAACGGACGCCUCGAAAUUCUGAGAAUUCACACGCGCAACAUGAAGUUAGGCCCGGAUGUGAGGCUGGAGGAGCUGGCCUCUAGCACCCAUGGUUUCGUGGGCGCUGACUUGGCACAGCUGUGCACUGAGGCAGCUCUUUCAUGCAUUCGUGAGAAGAUGGAUUUGAUUGAUCUUGAAGAUGACACGAUAGACGCCCAGGUACUGAAUUCCAUGGCAGUCACUCAAGAACACUUCUCUUCAGCACUGCAGAGCUGCAAUCCUUCUUCUCUCAGAGAAACGGUUGUCGAGGUCCCCAACGUGAAGUGGGACGACAUUGGCGGUUUGGAGGAGGUGAAACGGAACUUGCAAGAAAUGAUUUUGUACCCAAUCGAUCAUCCAGAGAAAUUCGAGAAGUUCGGAAUGAGUCCAAGCCGAGGCGUUCUUUUCUAUGGACCUCCAGGGUGCGGCAAAACUCUACUGGCAAAGGCUGUGGCCUCUGAGUGUUCUGCAAACUUCAUAUCCAUCAAGGGCCCGGAGCUGUUGACUAUGUGGUUUGGUGAAUCUGAAGCAAACGUCAGAGAAGUAUUUGACAAGGCAAGAGCUGCCAGCCCCUGUGUUCUUUUCUUUGACGAGCUUGAUUCGAUCGGCACGCAGCGAGGAAAUAACCUUGGGGAUGCGGGAGGCGCUGGUGACAGAGUCAUGAACCAGCUGCUGACAGAGAUAGAUGGAGUAGGCCCCAUGAAGAAUCUCUUCUUUGUUGGGGCUACCAAUCGCCCUGAGCUUCUUGAUGAGGCUCUUCUCAGGCCUGGGCGUCUCGAUCAGCUUAUUUAUAUUCCUUUACCAGAUCUCCCUGCUCGUGUCAGCAUUCUGCAGGCAACUUUGAGGAAGGCACCGGUGGCUCCGAACGUGCCUAUUCCGUUCCUUGCUCACAAAACUGCAGGCUUUUCAGGAGCAGAUAUUGCGGAAAUGUGCCAGAGAGCUGCAAAAGCGGCUAUUCGCGACGCAAUUGCUGCUGAGGAGUUGGCACGAGCUGCGGGAAAUGAAGGGAUGGAUGAGGAUGAGACGAACAUAAAGUACGAAAUCACCCGGAAGCAUUUCGAAGAAGGGCUUGCAGGGGCCCGUAGAAGUGUUUCUCAGACGGAUUUGUCUAAGUACGACUCCUUUAGAAUGAAAUUCGACCCAAUAUACAAGAGCCAGGCAGCUGGAGGCGACGGGUCAAUUAUUGUCGAUUGGCCAAACACCGAUGGCGCAGCCACCGACUUGGUUCGGGUCGAAGAAGGCGACGACGAUGAUUUGUAUUCGUAA